UCGAGUGCCAAAUCUCACAGGAAACCGCGUGGUUUGGCAAAUCCCGUUCCUCUCUCGAUCAACCUCCAAAGAUGCCGACUAAGAAGUCCAAGACCAGGAAGCUCCGUGGACAUGUGAGCCACGGACACGGUCGUAUUGGCAAGCACAGAAAGCAUCCCGGAGGUCGUGGUAAUGCUGGUGGCAUGCAUCACCACAGGAUCAACUUCGAUAAAUACCACCCUGGGUACUUCGGCAAGGUGGGCAUGAGACAUUACCACCUGAAGAGGAACACCACCCACUGCCCCACCAUCAACUUGGACAGGCUGUGGACACUGGUGAGCGAGCAGACCAGGCUCAACUACAGCAAAAAGCCCGACGGCCCGGCGCCCAUUAUCGACGCCGUGCGCCACGGUUACUACAAAAUUUUGGGCAAAGGCAAGCUGCCCAAACAGCCGGUCAUCGUCAAGGCCAAGUUCUUCAGCCGACGGGCCGAGGAGAAGAUCAAGUCCGUGGGAGGAGCUUGUGUGCUGAUGGCGUAAACACCUUGUCAGCGUUUUGAAAAAAAAUAAAAUUGUACAAAUACACAA